AAACAAUUUUGUUUGACCCGGCAAAAGAAGUCAUAUUCAAAAGCAUAUAUAAGAGAUACUAGCCAAUGACCCUUGGUCCAAGUGGUUGGUAGCCUGGUUUUCUUGUGAGAGAGACCAGUUCGAUCCCACUAGACAUACAAGGUGAGGUCACAGGGUUUUAUACUAGCCAUGGUUGCGUGGUUUCCUUUUGGAGCGGGCUGAGUGAGAACUAAAUGCCUAUGAUAUCCAUUCAUAGUGGUGUUCUAUCCACGGGUGGAUGGAGGGCCAGGAUGUACCUUGCCCAAAUGGAGGAUCUCCUGGUUUCGAAUCUGGGUCUCUCAGUAUAGCACUGAAAGUUGGUGCGAAAGCCUAACCACUUGUUAAAAAAAAAAAAAAAAAAAAAAAAAGAAAGAGAGAUACUAGGUAACCGUUGCCAGGAGUUUAUAAUUUUGUAGGGAUGUGUUCUGCAAUUUUACAAAACCUUCUCUCCCUCCUCGUUGAAAUAAACUAACCCCUUCAAUUUCCGGCCACCACCUCUCCAUCGCCAUCGCCCACCAGAAUCACACCUCUCUCUGAACGCGCUGUGGUUUUCAUCUGUUGACUGUCAGUCAACAAAGUAAACUAAUUUCAGAUAUGAAUUUAGAUAUCUCCGAGUUCCUUCAACUCUUUUCUCCAAUCUCUCUUCAUCACAGGGAACCUAAAUCUUAUUAUAAUCCAUGGGUAUUUUGGAGCGAAUCUGAAGGAUGUGAAAAUAAUUCAUUUUCACCUGAUCUUGCCACUACUCCCAUGAUUCAUGAAAAGAUCAAAUCUGCACUUUCUAAGACUAGACAUGACCGGUGCUUCUUGGGUCAGUUCUGGGCACCUGUAACAAUAGACAGCAGACGGUUACUUUCAAAUUCAGAUCAACCAUUUGCCGUCAGUCAUCUUUACAACGACUUAGCCAAGUAUAGACUACUUUCUGAGAAGUAUAAAUAUAACAUCGAUAUGAAUAAGCUUCACAUUGAGCCGGACGACAUGAUCUUAAGUGGUGGACCCGCCCCUGCUUUUCUCAAUUGUCGGACAUCAAUAGAUAAACCCCAGGGGGUUGUAUUGGAGUUGAAUGAUAAUUUGGUAUCUGUUAUGGUUCCUAUUUGUUUCCCUUUUCAAAGAAAUUGUACUGGUGUUUUCGAGUUUACUUUGGAAAAUCUUGACUUGGUGUAUUUUCUGUUUUGUACGGUUGAGGCAAUAAAGAAAGUUGGUCUGGAUGUAUUUUAUGUACAACAUCUUAUACCAUACAAGACUAUAAAUGGUCUAGAAGUUACUAAGGACGAGACUGAAGAGGCAUUAAAGGUCGUUUUUGAAUCACAUAACUUAGCUCUAGCUCAAGUUUGGAUCCCUUAUGAGGAUGAAUAUAGUGUGCCCUUUUCGUAUUCUUUGGAGGACACUCAAACAAAGCGAUUGUUAGCGAUCAAAUUGAUUGGUUAUCUUUAUGCUAUUAAGAAAAAUGAUCGAAAUGAUUUUGAGCCAUACUUUAGAUUGGGUGAUGUAACUAGUCGUGUAAUCGGCGAGGAACUUGCUAUGGAGACAGUUCAAGAUUAUGAAUCAUGUUUUAUAUCUGUACUUCGUUCAGAUAUGCUGGUAUAUUGGGAAGAACCUGAUUGGUUUGAUGAAACUAGUGCUUUUGCAAUAUGCUUAAGGAGUGAUAACACGGGUGAUUUAAUUUACGUGCUUGAAUUCAUAUGGACCAAACAAUCAAACUAUGUUAUCCUUUUGGAGGCAGUACUCUUAACAUUGAAAAGGUGUUUGCCCAGAUUCAAGUUUGCUUCUGGUGCAGAAAUAGGUGACGAAUUAGAAGUUCACAACAAAGAUGAUGGAACUGAAUUCAUGAUUUUUCAACGAAAAAGAUCAAUGGUUGUGGACGACAUAGCACAUUCUGAGUGGAUAUGCAAGACAACUCCAAAUGUAUUACCUCGAGAAGUCAUUGAGAAACAAUUUGGAAAAACAAUGAAAGAAGCUGCAGAAAAUCUUAAUGAACUAGGUGACGAAUUAGAUGCAAUUCUUGUUGAGAGUUCUACGAAUGAUGAGGACAAUGAAAUUGGUGUUUUUCAAGAAAAAAGAUCAUCACCGAUGCCGAAAGCACCAGAAAAGGGAAAGAAACCAAUGGUUGUGGACCCCAUAGCACCUUUAAAGUUGAAGUACAAGACAACUCCAACAGACGUAACUCUUGAAGACAUUGGGAAACAUUAUGGAAAAACCCAGAACGAAGCUGCAAAAAUCCUAGAAAUAUCUGUAUCUACUGUGAAACGAAUCUUGAGAAAAAAUGGCAUCAAGAAUUGGCCAAGACCGAACUCUGUGAAGAGGAAGAAGGAAAAUGAUUCGUCCAUUAUUCAAAUCGACGCAAAUGAAAGAGACAAGCAAUUCAGGAGCCAUCAACCAUCAAUAUAAACCAAAAUGAGCUAACUAUAAAAGCAGGGCUUGCUGAAUCUAUGAUCAAAUUCCGUACCCCUAUCUCGCAAGAAACCUUUGUGACUGUUCAAAAAGAAAUUGGUAGGAGGUUCAAUUUGAGUCUUGGGACUUAUCAGCUCGAGUAUCGUGAUGAAGUUGAUGAUUGGAUACUAUUAAGAUCUGAUGAAGAAAUAGGAUAUUGUAUCGACAGUUCGAGAAAAUCAAAAUCAAAAGAAGUUCGAUUGCGUGUGGUACCAUUUAUACAACCAAUGUCCGGUCCUGGUGGUUCCUUAGGAACCUUUUCUGUUUAACAAAUGUGUUUGUUUCCUUUAUUUCAGUACAAUU